AUGCCUGACGCUUCGAAAAAAGACGAGACGCCAGUGAGUAAUCCCGCUAAUGCUACUACCUGUUGUCUUGGAAAGUGGAAAGACACUGUAGCGCUAUGUAAAUUGCAUUAUGGUUUAAUAGUUCUUGUCCUUCUACAGCAGACAUUUACCUAUAAAAGAUACGAGGAACUGAAGCGAGAGUUAGACGAUCUGAAUAAGAAGAAGAAAGAAGCGAAUUUACAACUAGCAAGUAUUGCUCGUCUUGAACGAGAUAUCUAUAACUUUGAGGGGGCUUAUUUAUCAGAGACAAUUCAUCAUGGCGGAAACUUGAUACAUGGAUUUGAUAACUAUUUAAAGAGUAAUAAUUCUCUAGAAAAGAGAAAGAAGCUGUCUGUUCAUGAUGCUGAUAGGUUAUUUUCGCUGUCUAGUGCGACAUAUGAACAAUCGCUGCAGUUGAAAGAUGAAUCGUCGUCGGCUACCGAAGACUACAAGACGCCAAAUAAAAACGGGCGCAGGAAAAAGAGAAAGUUUGUUUAUGGCAUCAUGAGUGAUAUGAAAAGACUAAGAAGCAGUCGAGAUGGUGAUGACGAUCUAGAAGUUUGA